AGGGAGGGGUCUGCGCGGCAGCCGCGGAGCCGGGAGCCCCGGGAGCCGGCGAGGCUGGGAGGGGCGAGGCCGUCACUCGCCGCGGCGCGCGGAGCAGGGGAGGCGCGCGGAGCCCUUGGCCCCGGGCUGCGCCGGCCGCUUGCGCUCCGGAGGGGCCGCAGCGAAGGCGGACGCGGCGCCAUGGGGUGUUUUGAGUGCUGUAUUAAAUGCCUGGGAGGCAUUCCUUAUGCCUCUCUGAUUGCCACCAUCCUGCUCUACGCUGGAGUUGCCCUAUUCUGCGGCUGUGGUCAUGAAGCUCUUUCUGGAACUGUUAACAUCCUGCAAACCUACUUUGAGAUGGCCAGAACUGCGGGAGAUACGCUGGACGUCUUUACCAUGAUUGACAUCUUCAAGUAUGUGAUCUAUGGCAUUGCAGCUGCAUUCUUUGUGUACGGCAUUCUGCUGAUGGUGGAAGGUUUCUUCACGACUGGGGCCAUCAAGGAUCUCUAUGGGGAUUUCAAAAUCACCACGUGUGGCAGAUGCGUGAGUGCAUGGUUUAUUAUGCUGACAUACCUUUUCAUGCUGGCCUGGCUGGGAGUCACGGCUUUCACCUCGCUGCCAGUUUACAUGUACUUCAACCUGUGGACCAUCUGCCGAAACACCACCUUAGUGGAGGGAGCGAAUCUCUGCCUGGACCUUCGUCAGUUUGGGAUUGUGACAAUUGGAGAGGAAAAGAAAAUUUGCACUGUCUCGGAGAAUUUCCUGAGGAUGUGUGAAUCCACUGAGCUGAACAUGACCUUCCACUUGUUCAUCGUGGCCCUUGCCGGAGCUGGGGCUGCAGUCAUCGCUAUGGUCCACUACCUUAUGGUUCUGUCUGCCAACUGGGCUUAUGUGAAAGAUGCCUGCCGGAUGCAGAAGUAUGAGGACAUCAAGUCGAAGGAGGAACAGGAACUUCAUGAUAUCCACUCUACUCGCUCCAAAGAGCGGCUCAACGCAUACACAUAAACAGCGCCUUCCCGUCCUUUCCACCAUUCAAAUGCAUUGGUGAUUAUCUAAGGGCCAUCCAACCAUCCAACCUUUUGAAAAAGAAAAUGAAAGUGCUUCUCAUCAAUGAUAUGGAGGGUGACUUAUGAAUCACCUGAAUACAGUUCUUUGUUGUUUAGCACUUAAUUUCCUAAUUUGUUAAAUUGGUGUAAUCAGAGCUCUCCUACAAGCUCCUAUCCAGCCUUUUUUUUUCUUUUUUAAAUUUCUCAAACUCAUUUAAUAAUUCUGUAAGAUCAAAGAGACUAACAUUGUCAAAUGCAGAGAUUUCUUUGAUUUUUAACCACUUCCAUGUGUUAUACAUUAUACCUUUUGCAUUAUUUCUUAUGUUUUGAAAAGAAAAAUAGCUUUUUAUACUUUUUAGUUUUGAUUUCGGUAACUAGUUUAACUACAGGUAACCUUCAAAGGGACCAUUGUACAUUAUGAACGAUAGACAGAGAUGAUAUCAUGAUGACCCGAAACAUGCAAAUCUUGUCUGAAGAUCAGUGGCCACGUUGCUAUAGGCCCUGGUUAAUGUUUUCAUCAAUCUAAGGUGCAAUUUCUAAAUUUGUAAGAGUAGGUUUAAAAAAAAAGUGCUUCUUAUCUUUGUUAACAUUGUAUUUUUUCUUGAUGUACUUAAAAGGCAUUACUCUCUGAUGACUCAUGUUUCUGUCGUGAGCAUGUAGAAACAAUGAUGCUUAUGCAUGGCUACCUACCUUUUUAAGAUUGUGACACCAGGCUUACCUUUUAAAGUUUAGUAUAGAGACUGUUUUAACGGAAAUAACUACUGUGGACUAUUGGCAAAUGAUCUCUUUGUGAUUUAAGCAGUGGCUGGAUUGGAACUUUUAAUAUGUUAAUGUGGGACAUUAAUUACCUUUAUGAAGGUGGUGUAUUAAAAAUAAGCACACUAACCCCUCUGAAGUUGUUUUACCUACUUUAAAAAAUUUUAAUGGAUUGCACCUCUGUAAACUAUCCCUCAAAUUGUGUAUGAUAUAUUUGAAAAGGUUUCCAUUAAUACAAUAGCUUUGCUUGCAGCCUUCCAAUCUAUGUCGGUUUACCUGUAGUGUUUUUUAAAGUGUGGUCAGAGGCCACUCUACAAUGUAUCCUUUUGAAGUGUAGUGAUAUAUUUGUGUUUUUAUUUCCAGUAAGUCAUUUUAACCAAAUGUUCAUUCGUAUUCAUUUAUAAGACGUACCUAUAUCAAAAGAAUAAAAAAAAAAGCAAUCAGUAUUAUUGGACCAAAUUUGGUGUUUGUUUUAACCUUAACUCUUCUUUCGGUUAUUUCUAAUGCUACAAGAAUGCUGUAAAGUGUCUUUUAAAAUGAUAUAGCCUGACGAGACUUUGCUGUCAGUGUAAAAACUAGGUAGUAUUGUGCACUGAUUUGACCAUUGUGAAAUCUUUUCUCAGUGUAAGUGCAUUUCUAAUAAAACUUAUUGAGUGAAACAAUCUUUGUACAAUGACUAGUCAUGCAUCAUCCAUAAUUUUACAAGUUCUUGUAGUAGGAAGGGGGGUAUUACUAGCUUAUCUGUGGCAUGAUUAUGCAUUCUGUAGUAUUAUUUAAUUAAUUUGGGGUUUUGCUUCUUUUUUUUUUACACUUAGAUUAUCUUACUGGUUCAACAUCUUUCUGAUACAUGCAGUAUUACAGAUAUUCAGCAAAAGUAUUAAUGGGCUUCUUUAAAUUCUAUAUUGUAGUGUUUCGGUUCUGUGUCUUAAUAGUUUGUGAUGAUUUUUAAAACUGUCUUUUAAACUUAUGUAAUGAUGUUGAUGUUUUUGGCGCUUUUUUUUUUUCUGGUAUUAGAGUUUGUAUUUUCACAAAGAGUGCUUUGUAGCAGGCAUUACAAUUAAUCUGUUUUGUACAUAAAUGUGCCAACAGCUUGAUGGUGGCGUUUUUGAAAUGUAGAACAAAGUGCUUGCAAAAUGUAAUAAAUACACUUGUGUACUUUGUGUACUUAUUAUUA